GAUAGAUACAAAUAGAUAUACAGAGACAGGGAGAGAAAGAAGGUGGGUGUUCAGAUGUGUAGAAAGGAAGAACAGAUGAAGGAGAAAAAAGUAAAGACAGAAAAAGAUGGAGAAGGCAGAAGAUGACAGAAAAAAAGAGAAAAUGACAGAACGUUUUUGGAAAAGAGAGAAAGACACGGUUGCAGCCAAUUAACAGGGUAGCUGCCUUCCAGAGAGAGCAGAAUGGAGAGAGAGCAGAAUGGAGAGAGAGCAGAAGGGAGAGAGAGCAGAAGGGAGAGAGAGCAGAAGGGACAGAGUGCUCUCCCCUGUGUGUGUUCCCACCCCGGCGUGCCUGUCAUGGGAAGGGCAUUCUAACCACACAGCCGUUUACCGGUCAGUGUGGUGUGGCGGGCGGCACUGGGCUAAGAUCCUCCCACCUCCCCCCUCCCCAUCGGCGCAGUUGCCCCGGCGAUGAAUAAUGCAGCAGGGAGGGGUGGAGGCCACUGAGCGUGUGCGAGGAGGGAUCCCUCCCCUCGCAAGCCGCAUCCCCCAGCCUGCUGCUGCCGCUGCUUACUGCAGAAGGUCAGCGGGGGAGAGAAGAACCAGAGUCGGGAGGGGAGAGCACGCUGUGUCGAGACCGAGAGAGGAGAGAGAGAGGGAGCGGAGGGAGGCGCGCUGGACACACGGACGAACAUGCCGAGAGGGGAGAGCGUGGUCCUCCAGCGAUGACAGCCAUGCUAAGUCCCAAGAUCCGACAGACCAGGAGAGCUAGAUCUAAGAGCAUGGUGAUGGGGGACGUUUCCCGGGGCCCGUGCCGGCCGUCCUCCCCUGGUCUCCAGGAGGGGGCCCUGAAGGCCGGCUGGCUGAAGAAGCAGAGGAACAUCAUGAAGAACUGGCAGCUGAGAUGGUUUGUCCUGCGCUCUGAUCAGCUCUACUUCUACAAAGAUGAGGAGGAGACCAAACCACAGGGCUGCAUACCUCUGCAGGGCUGUCAGGUGAAUGAGCUCACCGCCAACCCAGAUGAACCGGGGAGGCAUCUUUUUGAAAUUGUCCCAGGUGGUACAGCAGGAGAAAAGGAUCGCGCCGCUAUCAGUCAUGAGGCCUUCCUGCUCAUGGCCAACUCCCAGAGCGACAUGGAUGACUGGGUCAAGGCCAUACGACGGGUCAUCUGGGCACCCUUUGGAGGAGGGAUAUUUGGUCAGCGUUUAGAAGACACAGUCCAGGGUGAGAAAAAGUUCGGUCACCGCCUGGCACCUCUUCUAGUGGAGCAGUGUGUGGACUUCAUAAGGGAACGAGGUCUAGAUGAGGAGGGUCUCUUUCGGAUGCCAGGCCAGGCUAACCUUGUGAAAGAUCUACAGGAAGCCUUCGACUGUGGGGAUAAGCCUUUAUUUGACAGUAACACAGACGUCCACACGGUGGCGUCUUUGCUGAAGCUUUACCUCCGUGAGCUGCCUGAGCCUGUUGUUCCUUUCUCCAAGUAUGAAGACUUCCUCACCUGUGCUCAGCUGCUGGCCAAGGAUGCAGAGGAGGGUGUCCAGGAGUUAGGAAAGCAUGUGAGCAAUCUUCCUACUGACAACUACAAUCUCCUUAAGUACAUUUGCAUGUUCCUUGAUGAGGUUCAAUCUCAUGCAAACAAAAACAAGAUGAGCGUACAGAACCUGGCCACAGUAUUUGGACCAAAUAUUCUUCGGCCCAAAAUGGAGGACCCAGUGGCUAUUAUGGAAGGGACCUCUCUAGUCCAGAGCCUUAUGACUGUGCUGAUCAGUGAGCAUAACCGUCUGUUCUCGGGAAGGGGGGAGCUAGAGGUCCCCGUUCCCCAGCCAGAGGUGACCCUCCAUGGCCAACAGCUCCAGCAGCGCAGCAUCGGAGGCUGGAUUUCUGAGGAGGACCUUCAGAGCUGCCCUAUGAAACCCAACGAGGACCUCGCUUGUAGCAGCGCCUCGUCUCUGGACGCAAAACUCUGUGCUGCCUCCACACCUCCACCCAGACUAGCUUCUUCGGGGAAGGGGGAGACAGUGGUCAGCCCCAGCAAGCAGACCAAGAACAUUCCCUCCUGGAAGUACUCCUUUAAGGGCUCUUCCACACAACGGCACCCUCCUCAGGCCAAGCUGGCAGUUUCUACAGCCGAUGUCACCAGUGUGUCCUCCAGCGGGAACUGGCUGAUCAAUGGCCUGUCCUCUUUGAGGGGCCACAGACGCACAUCCUCAGGUGAGCGUGCCAGGGAUUCCAGCGCCUCCUCCCAAAGACUGUCCACCUACGACAAUGUCACCUCGUCCUCAAGCAUGGGCAGUGUGCCUAGUGUGGCCAGUACUCCUUGGUCCACCUCCUCCUGUGAGAUCUCUGUACCUGACUCUGCCAGUGAACCCUCAGGCCCUAACUGUGGGAAUGGAAAGGCAUCAGGCGAGUGCCAGUCGCAGGAGCCAUCUUCUCCUCAGGACCAUAUGGGAGGCCAGGAGGAGGAGCCGGUCAGAGAAAGGGACUCAGAGCAAGAGCAGGACAGUAGCGAAGCCAUGGAGCUGUGUGUUAGCAGUGCAGGCUGCAGUGACAAUGGAAACACCAUAGCCAAUAUGUCCGUGCCAUCUAUUGUAAUGUGGGAAGACCCUGACGGAGGCUCCAAAGCACUUACCGGCCUGGUGGAGGGGCUGAAGGAAGAGCUGAGGAAACAGAAGAUUUCCUAUGAGACCAGGAUCAAAAAGCUGGAAGAGUCCAGUGCAGUGCUUUGUACUCAGAUGGAGCGUCUAGAGCAGGAGAUGGAGCAAGAGAGGAAAAAGCAGCGCAUGCUGGAGAUUAAGCUGCGCAAUUCAGAGAGAGCCCGUCACGACGCAGAGAACAGGAACAGGCUCCUAGAAAAGGAAAUGGAGGACUUUUUCUCUACUCUGGGAGACCUGGCUCUGGGAGCAAGGACUAGCGACAUUUAAUAGCCUUGGGCAAAGUCAUACAACUCUACAGUCUCUUCUCACAGCCGAUUGCCUUAGAUCCGCAAGUGAGAUUUAGAACUACGUGUCCAGAACGGGCAGCUGCGUCUCUCGUUUGUUUCCUCAGGCAUCGAAGUGUGCCUAUAACCCAAUAUGUAGGGGUGAGUAUUGUGAAAACGGAACAACAAACAAAAUGGGACAUUUGAGCUGUUUAAUGGAAAUCUCUGCAUGUGUCCCACUUUAACACUACUCAAGACGUUGCUUGUUGACACACUUACUCACCCUAUACCUUUAAUGUAAAACAUGGUUUUUCAACUACUAUCACUAUGGGUACACGUUCAUCACUGCUGUGUCACUCACAUGCCACCUAAUACAGUACACAAUGUGAAAAUACAACCAUACCAAAGUCACACUCCAUUAAGGGCCAGUGUUGUAGCUGCCAUGUUGGUUCGAGACAUGUGAAGCAGACCACUACCCUCUAAGAAACAAUGAAGAUCUAUCCUGGCUGUGCCUUCAGGGACCUUUUCCUUUAAAAAAAAGAAAAACAUAUAAAAAAGGAACAUAUUGCGGCCUCGUCCAGAAGUAUAGUCACUUUCUUUCAAUAAUACUCAAAUGUUACUACAUUUACUGCUGAACUUAAAUUAAUCACUAUUAAAUGUGUGUUAAAGAGCAACAUAACAUGUCCAUAGUCACUUUCAGUAAGUUGCCUAUUGUUAAUUGAAUGGAAAUGUUGGAACAGAAUGUAUAUGUUAGUGGAUGUGUUGUUGAUCAAGCCAGCCCUGUAAAUUGAGUCUUAAUUAAUUAUUCAAAAAAUUUAUAUACUGUAGAUUUGAAGGCAAAACAUUUAUAAAUUUCCCAGAACAUUGUUAUGUAAGUGUUGCAUGUGGUGAUACUGUUGAUAGAUUUGUCUUUUUCAGAAAACUGCAUAGACAUUUCUAGAAGCCUGAACUCAAAACAUUAGAUUAUUGACUACCUUAUAAACUGUAUAAUAUUGUGGCAAUGUGACUUAUUUUGUUUUUACACUUUAUACUGAAUCUUCACUGAUGUUAUCUGAUUAUCCUUCACAUAUGCUGUUCAUAUGGUAAUGUUUACAAGGUGGUGUUUUGAAAGAAAAAUGUACAGGUCCGUAGCUGUGACCAUGUCAAUGACAGCAGUUGAAAUGUUUAUUUUAUCCAAAAACAAACUUAGACUAAAUGUUUCUUAAGUCUUUGUUUAAAAUGUAAAGGUGCUUAUUUAUUAUGAAUCUAAACACUUGUAAUUAAUGGCAUUAUGGUAAUCUAAGUAAAUAAAGAUGAGGUGUCAUUUUUGUGACUGACCGUCUAUGUCAA